GUUUGCUCAGCCCAUGCGGCGGUGAUUAAUACGCAACGCCUCGAAUGGGACGGGAAAGUUGGAAAGUUUCCGGUUUUCUGACCAGCGUCCACCCGGCAGAGCCGCCCGUAACCUUGGUCAUCGAUGGUACGGGCCACUUCUCCAGCCACUCUGCCUUCCUCGUGUUCGUCCUCCGGCUCGUCUCUCCUUCUCUCUCCCUCUCUCUCUCUGUCUCUCUUCCUCUCUGUGUGUAUGUUGAAUGUUAUCAGACUUACCUUGGUUUCACGGUGAAUAUCUCCUCGUUAGUUUUUUUUUUUUCUGCUGUGAUUGUAUCAUUACGUCUUCUUUGGACUUGUCUUUUGAUAGAACACUUUUUUUUCCUUCCACCUGGAAGUCUGUUUCGCUUUGACCGCCUGACCCAAUCAGGAACGAUCCCCGCGGCUGCUCCCUAGGCGACCCGAAACCAACAUUACAACCUUUCACAGUACUUUCCUUAGUAUUACUGCUAACUAACUAACUAGUUAUUCACCUCCUGCUUACUACGAACCAAGUUAACUACACUACCUACAAUAUUAUUCUCUG